AUGACGCAGGCAGUCCAUGUUACUCCACUACAUAUCCUCAAACCCAAAAAACUCCACACCCGGCAGAAAAAAUGCUCCAUCGAUCCCAUCCUUCAUUGCCGACUCCUCUCGAUCCCAUCUCUACUCCAAUACGAUCCGCCGCCGAGAUCCGAGACGAUACGCCGCCGCCGAGGACCGAUUGGAGCCGCCGCUGGCGCUGGCCAGCCUCCCCACCGAUGUGCGCGCCAGGUCGCCGCUCCCGCUCCCGCAGCCGAGCAUAGCAGCAGCGGCGGAGCCCCAACCGCCACCACGUUCCUCCUGCUCUCCGGCAAGUCCGCCCAGGACCAGCAACUCCUUGCCUUCGCCGCCGGCGAGCUCUCUCUGGCGGAGGAGGGCAGGGGCGAGCUCGCCGUCUCCCUCGCGCUCGACGCCAGCGGGGACGCGGGCUACGAUGCGGCCGCCUACAUGGGCGGGCUCCAGGCGUGGCGCUUCGGGAGGUGGAUGCGUUGGUCGCCGCGGAUGGCAUCCACGCACGACCUCGUGAUACAGAACUUCACCAAACUUCCGGUGGGCGUCGUGUGCGCCACAUACAUGCAGUUCAAAGGCAGAGGUGCGUCAAAUAUGUAUGCCAAUUGGUGCUUCUUUUUGUUGUCCCUUUUAGUGUGUAUCUCUGAUGAUUUUUCAAUCUCGUUGAUCAAUGUCUGUCACUUUGGUGAGUAG